GCACUCAUGAUCGGUCGAGCGUUUAAAUAUUGAUUGUAUAAACAAGAUCUACUUUUAAACACACAAUAAUUAUAAUGACUUAAUUUGAAAUGCCAAAUAGUAGCCAACAAUCAUUAGUUGGUCAUUUACGAUAAAAGCUUUAUCAGAAGUCUAGCCAAACCAUGUUAGUACAUGUUGUUCUUCAAUAUACAUAAUACAUACGAGUAUGCGCGGAAUGAUGAACACCCAGGCAAAACUCAUUGUGAUGCUAUAUUUAUUCGUAGGGAUCACCUCAAGGGUGGAGUUUACAAACAUCAAAUGCAAUUGCCUGGAUGAGAGAUACUGCAGAAUUGAAGACUGCUAUCUGAAGUCAAUCAACCGGAGCUACAAAUAUAUGUCCGUGAAAGUUAACGUAUGGAAACCUCCAAUUACCAAGCUCUGGGUUAAUUUCGCUUUGUACAAACGAUCCAGUGGAUACAAGCCAUUCCUUUACAACAUAACGCUCGAUGCCUGCAAAUUUGUCAAGAAUCCGAAAUCCAAUCCCGUAGCUGCUUACUUUUAUGCUUUCAUUACCGACUACUCGAAUCUGAACCAUUCGUGCCCCAUUAAUGAUAAUGUUCUUAUUUUGGAUAAGAUGUCUAUAGACUUUGUCAAUCAUCGAAUUACAGCGCUUCUGCCCUUCCCGGAGGGUGACUAUUUGUUGGAAAGCCACUGGUCUCCAGACAACAUCCACAACAAGAUGGUUAUUUUCAAGUUUUAUGUAUCUUUGAUUUGA